UGCACACAAAUUUCGGCAAUUUUGGGAGAAAACUUCCGAGACCGAUGUCAUCACUACCCCACAAGGCCAAGUGAAAGGUCUGAAGCGAUGUAAUGCCUAUCCUGAAUUUGGCAACUACUACAGCUUCGAGGGCAUACCCUAUGCCAAACCCCCAAUUGGUGAAUUGAGAUUUAGAGCCCCACAACCAGCGGAGCCAUGGCAGGGUGUCUUGGAGUGUUUAAAAUGUAAAUCGAAACCUAUGCAAUACAAUUUGGGAAUAAAAACGAUAGAAGGCUCAGAGGAUUGUUUGUAUGUGAAUGUGUAUGUGAAGGAGCUCAAAAGUCCAAAACCUUUGCCAGUGAUGGUGUGGAUAUACGGAGGAGGCUUUCAGGUAGGCGAGUCUUCCAGAGAUAUAUACUGCCCGGAUUACUUUUUGCAACGAGAUGUGGUUUUUGUCACUUUCAAUUACAGAUUGGGAAUAUUAGGAUUUCUGUGUUUAGAUGAUCCCGAUCUAAAUAUUCCUGGUAACGCUGGCUUAAAGGAUCAAGUUCUAGCCUUGAAAUGGGUGAAACAAAAUAUAUAUGCCUUCAAUGGUGAUCCCAAUAAUAUUACCAUUUUUGGAGAGAGUGCUGGUGGUGCCUCUACGCAGUUUAUGUUGAUGACUCCCCAAACUAGGGGACUAUUUCACAAAGCCAUAAUACAAUCGGGUUCGAUAUUAUGUCCCUGGGCCUUUACCGACAAGCAUGAUUUGGGCUAUAAAUUUGCCCGCCAUAUUGGUUACAAGGGAGAGAGCGAUGACAAGAGUGUCUACCAGUAUUUGUCCCAGAAGUCAGCGCGUAGUUUGUUUUUCGAUGAUCUGUCUAUUAUGUCCAAGGAGGAUUUAAUGAACCAAUUGAUUGUCCUUAUGCGUCCUGUCGUGGAGCCCUACGAGACCUUGGACUGUGUGGUCAAUAAGCCAUUUGUUCAAUUCAUGAGGGAGGGUUGGGGAAACGAAAUUCCCCUGAUGAUUGGCGGAAAUUCGUUCGAGGGUCUUUUGCAUUAUGCCACAGUUCAUAAAAACAAUUUCAUCAUAGACGAGUUAAGUGAUUACGUCAAUCUGCUGCCUGAUGAUGUCCAACGCAUGCGACCGCAGCAAGAACUUAAAGAAAAGGCUUUGCGUUUGGAGCAGGUCUACUUUGGUGGUGUGAAGCCCAACUUCAAGGAAAACUUUUAUCAAUUUUUAGAUCUCUUGAGUUAUAGAUCGUUUUGGCAUGGAAUUCACAGAUCGAUAAGUGCUAGAGGCAUGUAUGCUCGCGAUGUGCCAACCUACUGUUAUUACUUCGAUUUCGAUUCAGAGUAUUUCAAUCUCUUUCGUACUGUGAUGUGUGGUCCUUCGGUGCGUGGCACAUGCCAUGCCGAUGAUAUUUCCUAUCUCUUUCAUGGUGCCGUUUCGGGCAAAUUGAAAACUGGCACCAAGGAAUACAUCUGCAUGCAACGCAUGAUUGGCAUGUGGUAUAGCUUUGCUUUGACUACCAAUCCUAACUGUGAAGAAAUUUACCCUACGUUAUGGAAGCCAAUCGAGGACUAUAGCAUGCCCAUCAAAUGUUUGUCCAUAGCAGAUGAUGUGGAAAUGAUGGAUUUGCCUAUAUACAAUAAACUGAGAGUAUGGGAUGAAUUCUAUGAGCCAGAAGAGCUGUUGUAA